GUAAAUGGUUAUAUAACCAUUUAUCCCAUAAUCCUCUCUCCCCAAACACACUUAGAAAAAGAAAAAGAAAAAGAAAAAGACUUAAACUCUCUUCUUCACGCCGUCUCCUCCUCCUGUCUCUCAGCAGCUCCGCCGUCUCCUCCUCUCUCAGCAGCUCAGUGUCCCCUCGCUGCUGCAUCUCUCCGGUUCGGUGCUGCCGGCUCUGUCCUGAUUUUGGUUUUCUAUUUAUUUUAUUGUUGGAAUAAAAUGAACGAGACUAUGAGACAAUUUCAACAAAGCUUAAUAGAGCUAGAGGCUGAAGCUGAGCGUCUCCUCCUAGCCCGCGAUGAAUUGGUUGAAAACGAUAGAGUGAGGAAUGGGAAUAGAGAAGCAUUGACUGCUUUGAGAAGGCGAGCGAGGACGACAAAGUCUAGUGUUCCAUCGCCUUUUGAGUCAAUAAUGAAGGAGGUGGAGGGUGCUGAAUCAAGGCCACUAGUGAAGGAGAUUUGCACUACCUGUGGAAAUCAUGAUUCUAAUGAGCGCACUUGGAUGAUGUUCCCAGGAACUGAUGUGUUCGCCAGGGUACCAUUUCAUGCUGCUCAUACAAUCCUGGAGACAGAUCAGACGAAACUUGAUUUUGAGGCAAAGAAAUUACAGAGUUACGUAAAAGAUCAGUCCCUUCUGAUUUCAGAAAAAGGUGCCCUGGCUGACAAGAUCAGUCCAGGGGUGCUCAAGGCAAUGGUGACAUUGACAGACAAACCCAAAUGAUUUUGCCCAUCUUUUCCAAUAUGAAUGAGGAGGUGGGAAUUGAGUUCAUCCAGGACCUUUUGUUGCUGUGACUUGGGAUGGAGCACCGGUUCAGGUUCUCAUUCAAGUGUUGAAAACUGACCCAAGUACAUUCUUUUACACUUCUUACUGUAUUCGACUAUUCAUUUAGUUGUCCAUGCUGGUGGGUAGCCUUAGAAUAGAUAAUAAUACAUACCUCCAAGUAUUGUAAUUUUACAUCCACCUCUUUUUUUGGUACUACCAGCAUGUAAGAAUUUAGUCGAGCCGAUGGGAUUGUGGACUUCUCUGAUUGUCUUAUGAACACAUUUGGAUUAUAUUUGUUUAAUUUUAAAUGCUUUUGAGAAGCUUGUUUAAGAAAAGAAAA